AUGCGCGUCGCCGCACCCCUCCUCCUGCUCGCCCUGGUUUUCUGCCUCCCCUGCGACUUGGACGCCCGAGAGCUCCUGGACGCCUCCCCUUCCCCUCAGCCCUAUCUGGGCAUCAAGUGCGCGUAUGGCUCCUUCGGGGAGAUCGUGACGGUGGACGCCGCACCCACGGACCUGAAGUCCUAUAUCAUCACCGCCACGGAUGCGGCGGGCCGGGAUUCCCUGGUGAAGACCCUGCCACAGCAGCUGUCCGGCGCCAACUACAGGCUGCAGCGCGUCAUGAGCCUGCUGCCGACAUUCACGGCCGACUUCACGAGACUUGGCCUGCAGCAGCUGUGCCAGAACGACAAGCUGAGGCCCCAUCUGUCCGGCAUCGAGGCCGACCAGCCAGUGUCUGCCAUCUGA